CAUCGGCGGAAAACGUUCUCGAUCGAGUGAAGAGGAAACUCAAACAAAUGCUAUCGGCGGCCAAACGGCCGAGCAUUAUUUCCAAAACGGCCAACACUUCCGACGCCAUCGCCACCACGCUUUUACACGGCCUCGUUCUGUGCGUACCAUAUAUUCGAUGAUUUUUUAAAGGAAUCUUCAAUACACUUAGCACUUAAUUGCAACGCAUGUAACAACUUACGAGCACUUAAUUAUACCGUAUUUAAAAUUUCAGUUUAGUUGAAAGCAUUAAGAAUCGAAAACAGCCUGCCAACAUAUUUUUAAAUACUUUAUCUAUCCAGCCGCCUCUUGAGAGCGGUUAUAAAACACUCGAUUAAUUCUAUUAGCACAGCAAUGAGAACUGGCGCGCUUCUGGUUUGUUGGCGCGGGCGCCACCCGGAAUGGCUCUCAUUGCCUCAGCCUCUCAUACAGUGUUAUGCUGUACAACAUCGCGCGAGGAUCAACCAAAGGGUGAAAAGUUACUCACCAGGUGCGUUAUCGGGUAGGGUAUUGGUUACAAAGCACGCGUACACCUUUCGGUUCUAUCGAUGUAUCGAAACACGUUUCAUGCCACCAUCGCAGUCGUCGCCGCUAUCGUGAGUUCAUCCUCAUAUCGAACGGACCACGAGAAGCGAUGAACGGAGCCCAACCAGAGCCUCUUAUCGUAGCAGCGGCGAAACCUUUGCUUGUAAGCGUAUAUAGUGAGAUAAGAAUUUGGUGGAUGUCUCGAUCAACAAACGUUAACCUUUCAAUCAGUCCGGUCGGCCAGCAGUCAAGGUGCGAAAGUGCCGUGUAGUUGUCUCCGUUCGGUCCUGUGUCCUUCAGUUCGUGUCCUCUUCCUCUGCUGCACGCUAUAGCUAAAUAGCAGAUUCGUGCGUGCGUGUGUGUCACGCACGAAAAUGUGAGAACUAUCUACUAGUUAGAUCGAUCAUUGGAAGCCAAAGAAGUGUCACGGUUGGGCUGUGAAGCGACCCACAACAACGACGACGACGACGACGGCAAAAUUCGAAUCAUAAGCCCAUCACAGAAUGCCAUUUAAAACGUACGGCGUCUUCCGGCCGCUGGCAGUGUUUGCCGGGAUUUUCGGCAUCUUUCAAUCACUGAUAUGGAUCGGAUUUGCGGUCACCGGCAUCAUCGCGUACUACUGCGAGAUCAGUUUCAGCGGUCAAUCGGGCACACUGGGCUCGCUGCUGACCGUCACUUUCUUCAAUGUGUACUUCCGGGGUACCUGUGAUCAGCCCGAUGUUCCAAAUUUUAACACCGAACUGGUGGAUCAGCUGAACCUGUUUGCGCCGGGUGAUGUUCAUGCCUUCACGUGGGUUUACCUUAUACUGCAUCUGUUCUGGGCGAUCAGUUCGUUGACACUGCUGACCAAUGCCCGGCAGAAGUAUGUUCGGUACAUCAACAUCUUCCUCUACAUUUGGAUCAUCCUGACGCUGAUUAUCAGCAUACUGGAUCUGGCGCUGGGCAUACUGUUUGCAAUCGACUAUGACACGCUUGUUCGAGCCCUGUUUGAGUAUACGAUCAUUGCUCCAGAAAUCGUUCCGAGCAGUGCAGUUUACGAACAGAUGUUUGUGCUAUCGUCGGCGGUGCACGUGGCCGGCAUCAUGAUGGUGAUGGCGUUCCGUGGAUGGAUUUUCUGGAUCGUCAAUGUGUCGCUCGCGAUCUUCCUGUUUACGCAAACGUUCAAGAUAUACGACUACAAUCAGAUGCGGCGGAAGACCAAUGGCGCCACUAAUGGUGGUUAUAUGCCGGAGGCAGAUGGUCCUCGCAGGGCUCCGAUCGAUGCGUACGACAUGAACCGUACUGCAGCUAACUCGUUUGGAGUCCCUGAAGAAAUGGAGUACCGCAGGCCAGUUGAGCGAGUUCGCGAAAGACCGAUCGAGGUAGAAACGCCCGUUCCGCCAAUUAUGAUGAGUUGGGGUCAACAGCAACAGCAACAGCAGCAGCAGCAGCAGCAGCAGUACCAACAGCAACAGCUGCAGCAGCAACAACAACAGCAACCGCGCAGCUUCGAGCCAAAACCAACCGUGAUCGUGAAUCGAUCGAUGGAACCACUGGCCCGCCCGCAGUCACCCGUAACAUCGAUCAUUGAGGAUCGACAGCCAGAUACGAGGCCAAUUCCACCACCACCGCCGCCCAAGAACUUUAUGAACACGGUCGUACGGAGGGAUGCCGCAGCAGCGAAGGUUGCACAGGAGUUGAACUACCGCAAUAGCUUCAACGUGACGAACAGUGGCAUCGGGGCCGUCAAUCUGCGACCGACGGGCAUCAAUCUGCUCAAUCCGGGUCCAUCGUCAAACGUUGAAGAUCUACCGACCCCGAACUAUAGCCCACCGAUGCCACGCGUGAAUCCGUUCGAAAAUCGACCUCCACUUCGAUCGGUACUGCGGAACUCUCGAUUUCAGUAAUCGAGCUCAUGAACAACCUUGAGGUGGAUUUUUGUUGCUGUGCUGUAACCAUAUGCCAUCAUUGAUCAGUGUCCUGGAGGGGAAGGUAAGCAUAAAAAAACGGGCUCGAGUGACCCUGUAGUCGAAGGGAACAGCUCCGAUUACGAUUGCGUUGUACCGUGAGCGAGCUCGCUACAAAGUAACGGAAAAAGAGCGCAAGGUUAGCAAUCGCUAGAAUGCGUCCAAACAGAGAGAGAGAGAGCGCGCAGGUUCAUGGAUCAGAAACGAUUAAUAUAGUUUUGCUGAUAGUGGAGCAGUAGUGGGGGGUUGAUGAGUGAAAGUGAGAGGCUACAACAUUAGCAUAAAUAGAAAAUAGACGAAACAUUAAAAAACGGUCCUUUCUAGCAUCUUUUUUUA